GAAUAACCUCAGCAUAAGGUCGUACCACGCAGCUAGACUCGGUCUUAUUUAUUGCUAUAUAUAUACGAACAAAAAUAUCAAGAAUUUACAAGCUUGGCAACAGAACCAAUUAAACUAAAAUGGCCUUGAAUUCAAUCUCUAGUGAGCAAUGGGUGGAUGGAAUUGGCCAAAUUUGGGAGAGGUCGAUCACCAUUAAUGAUGAUGAAGUUCGUGUUUGCGUGUUUCACGUGCCCAAAACCUUGAGCACAAUGAAGCCAGAGGCUUAUGUCCCUCAGCAUAUAGGUUUGGGACCAGCUCAUCAUUUCCAGCCCAAACUCUAUGCCAUGGAGGGAUACAAGCUGGCUAAAGUGAAAACAUUUCUGGAGCCAUACAAAGUCUUCCAACUCCAAAAGUUCAUUGAUGAAUUGUUGAAGACCAAUUUCGUGCUUACAAUCCGGGCAUGUUACCACAAUCACCUGCCCUUCAGUGAUAAUACAUUAGCAUGCGUAAUGGCCAUCGAUGGCUUGUUUUUGCUCGAUUUCUGUGCUACUUACAACAAAAUUGAUUUUUCAGUUGAUUUUGCAGGUAGGAAAUUGACAAAGGAAGCUUAUAUCCUUAGGGAUAUUAUGAUGCUUGAGAACCAACUUCCGAUGAUCCUGUUACAGGAAAUAUGGAGGAUUCUCCAGAUUUUUUCAUCUUCUGAUCAUCAAGUUGAUGCUGUAAGAGACUUUGGUCCGCCACUUUUUUAUAAGAAAAUAUCUCCCUUGAAAUUUAUAGUUCCAAGUUUAUUUAUCCCUACUGACAAACCGGCCGUGAACUUGUUGGAUUUGAUGUAUCAAAUGAUUCUGAACUAUCGGGGAGAGGGGUCAACCGCGGGUAGUGUGAGUAAAGACAGAUCCAGUGCAAAUGUAUUUCCAAAUCCAAUCAUACAAAAUUUGUGUAGGGGAAAUUUUUUUGAUCUGCUAUGGUUUAGAAAUGUCAAUAAAAAAGCUGGCGAAGUCGAAAUUAAACUGUUAGAUGAAGAUCAUGAAGUAGCAGAAGAUUCUGAUUUCGGCCUCAACACAAUAUCCGAAGACAACAAGGUGGACAUUAAUAAAGAAGACAGUAAGACGACUAGUACUACGGCAGAGGAGAUCAAAAUUCCGUCAGUGUCACAACUUAUUAAUAAUGCUGGAUUAAAGUUCAGCUGCCUAAAAGACAAAGGAGGCAUCAGGGACAUUAAGUUUGAUGAAAAGGAAGUCACUCUCUACCUUCCUCUCAUCACACUCGAUGUUAAUUCAGAAGUUAUACUCCGAAACUUAGUGGCUUACGAAGCAUCGUCAUCUAUGUCUGGCAUUACACUUGAGCUAGCACAAUAUGUGGAUCUCAUGUGUGGGAUUAUAGAUACUGCAGAGGAUGCAAGGUUGCUGAGGGAAAAAAAAAUCAUUAAAGGGCAUUUGAGGGAUGCUGAAGUUGCAGAUAUCUUCAAUGGGAUACCUAAAUCCAUGGGGAAACCAGAUGAGAAGUCUAAUCAUAUAGAAGACCGUCGAGAAAGUGAACAACUAUUACAACAAUAUAUGGAAGGUCAAGCUUUCUAAUCUCAUCAACGAGUGUCUGUAUCACUUUCAGAAGGUUCUCAAGGCUUUCACCCCUAUCUUUCUCUUGCUUGUGCUAGUUCUGCAGGUAUAUCGUAAGGUAGAUCGCUGUAAUUAAAGAUCUUCGUUUCCAGAUAUGUAAUUAUGUAGGUAAUGUUCUGUACGUUGUUUUGGGUUUUUUUUUUUUUGGGGGGGGGGGGUUUGUGUUUUUCUUGGCUAUGUAAAAUAAUGAAUGUUAUUGUAAGAUGAAAUAAAUUACUAUAUUAAGUUGCACCU